AUGGCAUUCAUAGUUGAACUUUGGGAGUCUAUUUUCACUCCAGGAACCACUCCUGCGCUUUUGAAAGCUACACAUGCCUCAUUCAUUCUCCUUCUUUUGUCACUUUUAUCUUUGAUCUACUACACUCGAUCAAUUCACUUCGUCAACCUCUUUGUGAUUGCUGGUUUCUUGUAUGGGUCAGUGAUUUGGUUUGUUAACGAACUCAAACACACUAAGCUCCAGAACAACGAGGAAUUGUUGGAAGAGCAGAAGAAGGAGGAAACGAAAGAGGAGGAGAAGAAGGAGGAAGACAAGGUAGAGGUGGUGACCGAGAAGCCGGCUGGAAUCAGUACCGGUACCCAGCACAAGUCUCCAAUAAAGAAGAGAAAGGCAUAA